UGAAUGUUGUUGUAGGAGAGAAGAUGGUGUCUCCGGAUCAGUUGGUGCCGGACCUGGCAGAUAAGGAGACCCGGACCCGAGAAAAGCUCGCUCUGUGGGACCGCAGCACCGACCCGAGCGCCCCGCUCACCGACAAACAAACCGACUCGGUGCUGGAGAUCCGCAGUGCCGCAGAGACGCUCCCUGUUCCAUCUGAGUUGCCGAUUGAGGAUCUGUGUGAUCUGUCGUCUCGCUCUCUGCUCUCUUCAUUCACGACUGCUGUUCCAGCCUCCACCGAGGACAUCCUGAUGAAGGGCUUCCAGACACUCCAGCUUGAGAAUGACAGAAUAGAAACAGCUCAGCAGUUUUUCUCCUGGUUCUCCAAGCUGCAGGCUCAUAUGGACCAAGAGGAAGGAGCUAAAUACAGGAGAACUCGGGAGAGUUUAAACUGCUAUCAGGAGCAGUGUGAUUCUAUAUUAUCAAAUGUGAACGAAGCUCUUGAUCACUUGGACUCACUUCAGAAACAAUAUUUGUUUGUAUCUACAAAGACGGGAACUCUGCACGAGGCCUGUGAGCAGUUACUGAAAGAGCAGUCUGAACUGGUGCAGCUGGCUGAGAGCAUUCAGCAAAAACUUUCCUACUUUAAUGAGCUGGAGAAUGUGAAUACAAAGCUGAACUCUUCAACGUUAUCGGUAAACAGCGAGAGUUUUAUACCGAUGCUUUCCAAAUUAGAUGACUGCAUUGAAUACGUUUCAUCACACCCCAAUUUUAAGGAUUAUCCAGUUUACCUCACAAAAUUCAGACAGUGUUUGUCCAAAGCUUUACAUCUCAUGAAGACUCACAUCAUCAACACAUUACAGAAUCUCACUAACCAGCUUACCAAAAGGCAGGACCCCAUGAGCACAGCGAGCUCCGACAACGCCUUCACACUUUACUAUGUGAAAUUCAGAGCAGCCGCACCCAAACUCCAGAUGUUGAUCGAGCAGAUUGAACAAAGAUCAGAGAAAAUCCCAGAGUAUCAGCAGUUGUUGGAUGAUGUUCACCAGUGUUACUUGGAUCAGCGAGAGAUUCUUCUCAGUCCUAGCAUCAGAUCCACCAUCACUGACCUUACCAGCCGAAACAACAAGGAUCACUGUGCUCUGGUGAGAAGUGGUUGUGCAUUCAUGGUCCAUGUGUGUCAGGAUGAACAUCAGCUUUAUAAUGAAUUCUUCUCCAAACACACCAGCAAACUGGACGAGCUGUUGGAGAAACUGUGUGUGUCGUUGUACGAUGUUUUCCGGCCGCUCAUCAUCCAUGUGGUGCACCUGGAGACACUGUCUGAACUUUGCAGCAUUUUAAAGAAUGAGAUGUUGGAGGAUCAUGUCCACAACAAUGCGGCACAAUUAGGAGCAUUCGAUGCUGUGGUGAAGCAGAUGCUUGAGGAUGUUCAGGAACGACUGGUCUACAGAACUCACAUCUAUAUUCAGACCGACAUCAUCGGAUACAACCCUGCACCAGGAGACCUGGCCUACCCUGAAAAACUUCAGAUGAUGGAGAAAAUUGCUCAGUCUCUGAAGCAGGAGCAGACCAGGCUUGCUGGUUCCUUCUCUGAUGUUCAGCUGGAGGAAUCUGACUCCUCUAGAAAGACUGGAGCUCCAGGUGGCGUCUCUCCUGCUGAUCUACAUGGGAUGUGGUAUCCAACUGUCAGGCGCACGCUAGUGUGCUUAUCUAAACUUUACCGCUGCAUUGAUAGAGCAGUGUUUCAGGGUUUGUCUCAGGAAGCUCUGUCCGCAUGUAUCCAGUCUCUACUCAAAGCUUCUGAGUACAUCCUCAAUAACAAGAGUCAGAUUGACGGGCAGCUCUUCCUUAUCAAGCACCUACUCAUCCUGAGAGAGCAGAUCGCUCCUUUCCACACAGACUUUGCUAUUAAAGAAAUAUCACUGGAUCUAAAGAAGACCAGAGAUGCUGCUUUUAAGAUCCUGAACCCCAAAGCUGUGCCAAAAUUCUUCCGGCUGAACAGUCACAACGCUAUUUUGGAGUUCCUGCUUGAGGGCACUCCUGAGAUUAAGGAGCACUACAUAGACUCAAAGAAAGAAGUGGAUCGACAUCUGAAGUCCAGCUGUGAGCAGUUCAUUCAGCAGCAGACCCACAUGUUUGUAGCUAAUCUGGAAGAAUUUCUCACCAAGGUAUCAGCAUUAAAGUCGAUGGCAGUUGGAGGAGGACCGAGCUACCAGCUCUCCCAGCAGCCCUGGGCACAGCCUGCUAAGAUCAAUGACCUGGUGAUGUCCACGUAUCGAGUGAUGAAGACCAAACUGCCACUGACUCUACAGAGCAUGACGUUAUACCUUGCUAACAAAGAUACUGAGUUCAUCCUAUUUAAACCUGUCCGGAAUAACAUUCAGCAGAUCUUCCAGAAAGUCCACACAGUAUUGCAGGAGAAGUACAGUGGGGAGGACCUUCAGAUCAUCGCCUGCCCCUCCAUGGAACAGGUUAAUCUGAUGCUGUCUGUCAGUAAAUAAACCAGACAAGGUUUUAAAGCUCCACUAAAUGACAGAUCAGACAGAUCAGGACCAAAGCUGAGUCAACUUAACACACCAUGUGUCUGUUUGUGUGUGUGUGUGUGUGUGUGUGUGUGUGUGUGUGUGUGUGUGUGUAUAAUAAUAAUAUAUAUUAGGACAUUGGGAUCUGGUGGAUGGUGUUGGUGUGUAGGUAGGUGUGUUCUGUAUGAACAUUUGUAUUAUAUAUUCUGAGAAAUGUGUGUGUACAGAACUAAUAAUAAUCUGAUGAUGUGAUGAAUGAAGGACAUGGAGAAGAAUGACACUUAAUGGACUGUAGUGCAUAUUAAACCUUUUUACUCUAAUUAUUAAAGAAAUGUUUAUUUGUUUGUUGA